ACUACUCGAGACUAGUCGGUGAUAAUUAAGCACCAGGUGUUCUCAAGAAGCCUAUUUGCGUGGACCGCACGUUCCGAAUACCAGGCGGUAGGCUUUCCCUAGCAACCGAAAUACACGGGCUGGGACAGCCUGAGGUGCAGUUGCUCUAGACCGAGAGUCCCAGGACGAACGCAGGAGAGGCCAGUUUGAGACUUUUUAGGACUUUUAGCCCCCCCCCCCCUCUCUGAAGAAGAACCGAUCCAGAGAAGCCAAGAGCUCCCUCCUUCGCCUGUUUCGUGAAACCCUCUCAGCUACUCUGUUCAGCGACUCCCCCGAGCUCCUCCGAUCUCUCUUCCACCUGGGCUCCACACACCUCCACCAGCCGGACAUCGCCAUGGAGACGCCGUCGCAGAAGCGCACGACCCGCAGCGGCCACACGCCGCUGUCGCCCACGCGCAUCAGCCGCCUGCAGGAGAAGGAGGACCUGUGCAACCUCAACGACCGGCUGGCCAUCUACAUCGACAAGGUCCGCUCGCUGGAGGUGGAGAACGCCGGCCUCCGCCUCCGCAUCACCGAGUCGGACACCGAGGUCAGCCGCGAGCUGUCGGGCGUCAAGGCCGCCUACGAGACCGAGCUGGCCGACGCCCGCAAGUCGCUGGACUCGGUGGCCAAGGAGCGCGCCCGGCUGCAGCUGGAGCUGGGCAAGGUGCGCGAGGAUUACAAGGAGCUCAAGGCCAGGAACACCAAGAAGGAGGCGGACCUUGCAGGGGCGCUGGCCCGGCUGAAGGAGCUGGAAGCCCUGCUCAACUCCAAGGAUGCCUCCCUGACCACCGCCCUCGGAGAGAAGCGCAACCUGGAGGUCGAAGUCCGCGAGCUGAAGGCCCAGCUGGCCAAGCUGGAGGGGGGUCUGACUGACACUAAGAAGCAGCUGCAGGAUGAGAUGCUGAGGCGGGUGGACGCAGAGAACCGCAUCCAGACCCUGAAGGAGGAGCUGGAAUUCCAGAAGAACAUCUAUGCUGAGGAGCUACGUGAGACCAGGCGCCGCCAUGAGACCCGCGUCGUGGAGGUGGACAACGGGCAGCAGAUGGACUUCGAGAGCAAGCUGGCGGAGGCGCUGAUGGAGAUGCGGGCGCAGCACGAGGAGCAGCUCCACAUGUACAAGCAGGAGAUGGAGAAGACCUACAACUCCAAGCUGGACAACGCCAGGCAGUCGGCCGACAGGCACAGCCACCUGGUGGGCGCGGCCCACGAGGAGCUGCAGCAGACCCGGAUUCGAGUGGAGGGCAUGUCCGCUCAGCUCAGCCAGCUGCAGAAGCAGCUGGCGGCGCGGGAGGCUAAGGUGCAUGAGCUGGAGGAGGCUCUGUCGCGUGAGCGGGACGCCAUGCGCAGGAUGAUGGAGGAUAAGGACAGGGAGAUGAGCGAGAUGCGGCAGCGCAUGCAGCAGCAGCUGGACGAGUACCAGGAGCUACUGGACGUCAAGCUGGCCCUCGACAUGGAGAUCUGCGCCUACAGGAAACUGCUGGAAGGGGAGGAGGCCAGGCUGCGUCUGUCCCCCAGCCCCCCUCCUACCCGGGUGGCGGUGAGCCGUUCCUCGGGCUCGGGGACUCACCUCCAGGCGCGCGUCACCAACUCCAGCGGCCACAGCCACACCUCCACCUCCUCCGCCAAGAAGCGCCGCCUCAACGACAACGACAGCGAGGCCUCCAGCACAGCAGGGGGCGCUGUGGCGCGCACGCGCAUCAGCCAGCAGGCCUCUGCCAGCGGCCGCGUCACCGUGGACGAGGUGGACCUGGACGGGAAGUACGUGAGGCUGAGCAACAAGGCUGACCAGGACCAGCUCAUGGGCGGCUGGCAGAUUAAGAGGCAGGUGGGGUCCCAGGCCCCCAUCAUCUUCAAGUUCCCCACCAAAUUCACCCUGAAGGCUGGACAGACCGUCACGAUUUGGGCGGCCGGAGUAGCGGGGGCCACCAACAGCCCCCCCUCUGACCUGGUGUGGAAGGGCCAGAGCUCCUGGGGCUUCGGAGACAUGUUCCAGACCACCCUGAUCAGCGCCAGUGGAGAUGAAAUGGCAAUGAGGAAGGUUACACGCACACUGUUCCAGGAGGAGGAUGAUGAUGAAGACAUGGGGGCGCACAGCACGUGCGCCGACGGCGAGUACAACCUGCGCAGCCGCACGGUGGUCUGCGGGUCCUGCGGCCAGCCCUCGGAGAAGACGGCGGCGGCGGCGGGGGCGACGGCCAGCGGCUCGGUGACCGUCACCUCCCGCUCCUUCCGCAGCUCCGGCGGCGGCGGGCUCGCCGAGGGCCUCAUCUCUCACUCCUACGUGGUGGGCAACAACGCCCGUCGACAGGCUGGUCCCAGAGCUGAGGCCUGCUCCGUCAUGUGAGUCCUGAAGCAGGAGGGCAAGAUCUCCAGCACCCGGGGGGCCCAAAAACAGGAAGUCAGCCCUUUCCCUACGCCAAAGGAGGGACGCAACUUCCUGUCUACAUAUGUUUAAGAAUCAACUCUUAUUUUGUACAACUAUUUACACACACACACACACACACACACACACACACACAUUUACACACACACACACACGUAGAUAUAGUUAUAGCUAUAGAUAUAUAGUGGGUAGAUUUGCUUAUAUGUGCAUGUAGUGCAUUGAUUUAGUGCAGCUAACCUUAUAGAUUGUUUCUGUAAAGUAUAGCGCUGAAUUGUGGGAGAGAGGUACUGGGCUGGGCACAAGUGCCCCCAAUUCCUGUUUUGAGGCACCCCAAUUUUUAAAAAAUUCCCUUUAACCUGGCUGUCACCACUGAACACGCACAGCUCAUCAACCAAGAUGCUAGUCCCCUUUACCCCUUUAAUCCCAUUUCAAAUCUGACCCUCAAUGGUCACAAAACUCACCCCCCAAAAACCUGUGUUCUAUUGGGUUUGGUUGGGGUGCCCUUGAACUGGUAAAAUGAGUUAGCUGAACUCUGGGAAGGAGUUUGUUUUGGUGUACUAUAGCCUUUAUUGAGCAACCUUAUAAAGUCAGAACUAUUUUUAUUUUUGUAGUCAUUUAGUCCAACUAAAAACCCUCCUUGGAGUGCACUUACAAUCAUAACAGAGAUUUAUUUUCCAGAACACAGCAACCAUUUUCCUCCUGGUUUUAGAGACGUAAAAAAAAGCAUGACUGUGAUUUAAGCUGAAUUAUUUCUCAGUGCCCUUAAGAAACGGCUUGGCUGGGAAUAAUAGCAUUUAAAGAGAGGGAGAUUCUCCAGAUCUCCUUAAUUCUUAAGAGAGCAGUCAUAUUCUUUCCAAAAAAAUUGUGUUGCUCCUGUCUUUUUUUUUUUUUUUUUUGUUAACACCAAAGAUAGCUUUCAGAAAGUUAAACCAAAAGCGUUUCCAACAAGUUUUUAUCUGUCAUCACUACCAUUUGUUUCAAACCAUCACCAACUGUGGAAUAUUGUGACAAAUUAUUCAUUUUUGCAAAAGCAAAGCUCUGAAAUGCAGCUUUGUUAUUUGUACAAAUAAUAAUAAUAAUAAUAAUAAUAAUAAUCUUGACCAAAUUGGGCUAAUUAAAAUUAUGGGGUACUCUGGAGGCCCUCUUAAGCAAUUCUGCCACAAAGUUAUGCAAAAUGACAACUUGGUUGCUUUCAUAUGGUCAGAGGGUGAUUACUGUGUUUUGAAAGACAUUUACGGGGAAGUUCUCUUGGGGGGAAAAAAAUAGUAUUUGUUUGAUUUGUGGGGAUUUAAUUAGAAUGAUGGGUUAAGCGGGACUUGUGAUUGGUCUUCUGAAGUAAUCAGCGUGGUUAGCUUCUCCUUUGGACGGGGUGUAUUGGCAAGUAGUUAUUAAUCCCGGCCACUUGUGCGAUCCAAUUUUUUUACUUUUUUACACAAACUGCGUACAGCUGGUACCAAAGUGGCUUAAAUCAACAUUUUCUCCUGCAACUACAUAAUUAUUUUGUAUUAUUAGUCGAGUCAUUUUUUUGUUGUUGCAGGAGUUAAUGUGCUUGACUUUUCUUGACAAGGGCUUUUAGUUAAUGUAAUUGUUAAAAGAUUAUAUUUUUCAAAGCAGCCAUAUUUACUUUAAAAGCAAACAAAUGCAUAUUUGGAAAAAACUGGCAGCUAUGCAAAUAUUUUACGAGUGUUUGAGAUGGAGUACAAUGUUUGUAUUGAGUGUUUGCAAUAUUACAACACGAAUGCAUUUACAACAAUGUCACGCACUGGCAGAGAGCAAAGUGUACUUAGAUUGUAGAUUAAAUUUUCCACCUCAGAAUUCAGCAUUAUCUCAUGUAUAAUUAUAUAGAGAUCAUGCUUUGACUGUCUCCCAAACGCAUUCGGUUAUGUCAGUUAACUUGGCAUAAAAUGAUCAGCAGCUGUCCAACUGUAAUCAAUCAAACAAAUUCAACUACACCCACUGCUUUUGAUAUGUCCGAUUCCUGGUUUAAUAAAGGCCUUUUCUUUAAGAGAUAGAUGUAUCUAUAUCUGAAGAAAUUUUGAAACGAAAAGAAAAAAGGCUGAUCAUCUUCAUUUUGUCAGCAACGGCAAUACAUUUAUUAACGGAAAGCAUUCCAGUGUAUUUUGAAAUGCAUAUAUAAAUGUGCAGUGGAAUCGGUGGCUAGUUUCGUUAGCACUGGGCUGCAGAAAUGUACUGUACUGUACUUUGCUUGUACAGUAGUAGACGGGUCUUGUGGCUUCGUAUGCUAAUAUACCUGGUGCCUUAUUGUGAAGCCUACUUCGGUGCAUAACCAGUUCGUUUCUUCUUUUGAUUAUGCCGACUCGUAGCCACACCCUCGUCCGAGUACCAAACGGUCGUUCAUCUCGUCCGCGCUAAGGCGAUGCAACACAUUCGGCCAUUCGCCUUGACCACCCCGAUACGGUGUGUGCCAUACGGUCGUUCCACUCGACCACUGUAGUGCAGUGUAUGACGUACGGCCACUCGACUUAACCGGUAUGGUGUGUGCCUCUAGGUCCAUUCCAUUCGACCGUUACCGUACCGUGCGUAAUGCAUUAUCAAGACUGCCGAUCAUCCACCUGCCAUUUAAACCAGAGCCGAUUACUGUUGGUGACAGUGUAACUAUAGAUCACAGAACAGUUGUGGAUAACGUCUGGAACCGUAUAGCUUUGUUUCAUGAAGACAGAACAUUUGUAUGCGGGAAGAGGCAUAAUGUUAUUAAUAUUGGAAACUGACAGUUAAUUUCACACUCCACACAAACAUGUUCUCAGCAAACAUUCUGCAAGUUCUUUAAACAGUCAGCGGACAGGUCAUGUGAUUUUCUCGACUCUCCAUCUACAUAAAAUUCAAUAAAUUGCAUAUCUUGCCUUUUACAUUGUUACAGGUUAAUUAAAACACAUUUUCUCACUUUUUGCUGCAAAGAUUUCUAUAGAACUAUAUUUUUGUAAAAAUGAUAAAAGGAAACCAAUGUCUGUGUUUGUGUGAAAAACAAAUCUGUGAGACGUAGUUUCUACUGCCAGUUCUGUUGAUAUUUUUUGGGGUAAAACACUAAAACCUCAUUGCUCAGCUCAGUUAAUUACUUUUGUAACUAAAUGAAAAAUAAUUUGUAUUGGCUGAUUAUUUUUUUGUUCAAAAAUAAUAGCUAGAGGAAUACUUUUUUAUUACAGUACUAUUUUUUUCUAAAUAAACUUUCUCCCCCACAA